UGAGGCAGUCUUUGUUCAGCCAGUCUGAGGUGAGAGAGGAGAGAAGUGAGAGAGGACACACAGAGAGUGGGUGACAACAAUCUGGUAGUGUUGAAGCUUUGCACUAAUUUUAUGCUCAAUCUGCUGAAGAAAAUGAAACUUUGGCUCUUGUUGUGGCUCGUUGGUGCGCAUCUCGCCUCGGAUUCUCUCUCAUCUGCACUUCAUGUGAUGGAAGAGCGAGGGUCUAAGGAUCAACUAGUCCUCACUGAGCUUGUUGGUGUUCCUCUUCCUCCAUCUGUGUCCUUCAUCACGGGCUACGAGGGUUUCCCUGCCUACAGUUUUGGGCCUCAUGCUAAUGUAGGUCGACUGACCCAAUCAUUUGUACCUGAGCCCUUCUUCAAGGACUUUGCCAUUAUUGUCACCGUCAAACCCUCCAACUCUCGAGGAGGGGUCCUGUUCGCUAUCACAGAUCCCUCCCAGAAGAUGGUCCACCUGGGCUUGGCCCUGACCCCUGUGGAGGAUGAGACCCAGAGGAUUGUACUGUAUUACAGUGAGUCGGGGCUUGCAGACAACAUGGAGGUGGCUUCCUUUAAAGUGCCUGAUAUGACACAGCAAUGGAAUCGCUUCACGCUGACGGUCGAGCACGAGGAGGUUCGGCUCUAUAUGGACUGUGAGGAGUACCACAGCAUCCCCCUCAAGAGAAGCCAGCAGCCCCUCAGCUUUAAGCCGGGCUCGGGUAUCUUUGUGGCAAAUGCAGGCAGUACUGGCAUGGAGAGAUUUGUGGGGUCCAUUCAACAGCUGGUAAUAAAACAGGGCCCUAGGGCAGCAGAAGAGCAGUGUGAGGAGGAUGAACCCGGCUUGCAGUCCUCCAGCGAUGGAAGCGGUGAUGGUGAUUAUGAUGAUGAAGAAGAACAUGGGAGACGUGAAGUAAUCUUUGGUCAGACAAAUGAGAGAGAAGAUAAAGAGACAUAUAGACCAACCUUUCCUGUCCAAGCUCCACCCACUAUGUUACCUGACAUGGACGAAGGGGAAGUUUCAGGACAUGUGACCCCUACAGACGAAAGGCUGCUUAGAGGGACUUACAAAACAGACGAAACAGAAGAGAGUACAGGGGAUGGUUCUGGCCAGGGGCAAAAAGGGGAGCGUGGAGAACCUGGACCUGCAGGCCCUCCGGGACCCCCUGGACCUGCUGGACCAUCUCUCCCACCCAUACAUUCAGCUCAGCCUGGACAGAGAGGACCUCAAGGUCCAGUGGGUCCACCAGGAAGACAAGGCACACCAGGGAAAGAUGGACAACCUGGAAGCAAAGGUGAAGAAGGAAAACCGGGGAAGAGGGGACCACCAGGACUUCCAGGAUUGCCUGGAGAAUCAGGAAUCAAAGGAGAAAAGGGUGAUCCUGGGGUUGGUCAACCUGGUUUACCUGGUCCACCAGGGCUUCCCGGACCACCAGGGCCAGCCAAACCAACUAAAGCUCCAUAUGGAUUUGAUUCUCUCGGCUCUGGAUUUGGAGAUGUUGACAUUGAUGCAGAACGUCUUAGAGGUCCACCUGGUCCUCCAGGGCCUCCAGGGAAACCUGGCCCACCUGGUCCUAAUGGCCCCUUAAGGAGUUUGCUGCCUGGACCACCAGGUGCCCCUGGCAAGGAUGGCAGAGAUGGACAACCUGGACUUCCUGGUGUUCCUGGUCAGGAUGGCUUGACUGGACCACAGGGUCCGAAAGGAGUGAAGGGUGAACAAGGAAUAAGAGGGCUCCCUGGACUUAAGGGUAAAAAUGGUGACCCUGGACCUAUUGGACCUAUAGGACCGAGGGGUGUACCUGGGCCACCUGGCCCUCCUGGCCCACCAGGACCUUUAAGUAAUAACUUCAUGAUGGACACUUUGAAGGAUUUGGAGGGUUCUGGUGAAAGCGGAUUGUUUCUUGGAGCUGGAAUUUCAAAAGGUUAUCAAGGGCCUCCUGGUCUACCAGGUCCACCAGGACCUCAGGGACUUCCUGGUGCUGACGGAGCCCCUGGUUUGUCUAUAAAGGGUGAACCAGGAUCCCCAGGAAAGGAUGGAAUACUAGGCUUAGCUGGUUUACCAGGUGCCAGGGGGCCAAAGGGGGACAAGGGCAGUGCGGGAGAGAAGGGUGAGCAAGGUCGUGAUGGUCUGAGCAUCACAGGGCUUCCCGGUCCCCCUGGCCCUCCUGGACCGAUCAUUAACUUCCAGGAUCUCCUUGUUAAUAAUACUGCAUCCAAUUUGAACCUCACUAAGAUCAGAGGACCGCCAGGCCCUAUGGGCCCUGAAGGCUUGCCCGGCAGAGCAGGAUUCCCUGGCCCAAGAGGACCAAAGGGUGAUAUUGGGUUUCCAGGUAUUCAAGGACCUCCAGGACUAAAGGGAGAAAAGGGGGAGCCUGGCAUAUCCAUAGCUGCUGAUGGCUCUGUAAUAACAGGCCUGAGAGGACCCAGAGGACCAAAGGGAAUGAAGGGAGACAUCGGCCCCUCUGGACAGCCUGGGCUUGUGGGGCCGAUAGGACCACCUGGACAAAAAGGAGAAUAUGGAAUUCCUGGUCGACUGGGUCGGCCUGGAAUAGCUGGAAGGAAAGGGGACAAAGGACAUUCUAGCGGUCCCCCUGGUCCACCGGGUCCACCUGGACCUCCAGGGCCACCAGGACGAGUAAUUGGCCUCAAUAGAACAGUUUUCCCAGUUCCUCGUAAACCACACUGCAAAAUACCAGUCAACAACAACAAUUCACAACCAGGCAAUGGAAGAGUGUCAUUAGGAGUCAAAGGGGACAAGGGUGAUUUGGGAAAUCCUGGGCUGCCAGGAACUGCAGUGUCUAUGUUUCCUCAUGAUUAUGUGGGUACUAACAGGGAUAAUGGCUACAAGGGGCAAAAGGGAGAGAAGGGGGAUCCAGGUUUUCCUGGCCCACCAGGGCUCCCUGGGAGGACAGGCUUUGUGGGACCUAAAGGGGACUCUAUUGUUGGUCCUCCUGGGUACACUGGUUCCCCAGGCCUUCUAGGACCGCCUGGCUUUGGAAGUUCAGGACCACAAGGGCCACCAGGACCUCCUGGACCACCAGGCACUCCGUCUGUAUAUGGCUCAGCUGCAAGUCUUCCUGGACCUCCAGGUCCAACAGGGCCACCUGGUGCUCCUGGCCAUGGAAACCCUGUGAAAACAUAUUUAAACACUCAGACCUUGAUAAGAGAGUCCAGUGAGGGUGCAGAAGGGACUCUGGCAUAUGUCAUAGAUAAAAGUGAACUGUACAUCAGGGUACCAGGGGGCUGGAAGAAAGUUGAGUUAGGAAAGCUAAUCCCAGUUUCCCAAGACAGUUCCACAUCUGCUUUGUCACAAGGUCUGAGCAGACCCAGCGACCACAGUGUACCUAAGGAACAUAGCCAGGAGUUAAAGAGCUUCCUGUCAGGCUACCAUGUUUUUUCACAGCAUGCACACUCAGUGCCAGCAUUGCACCUGGUGGCACUCAAUGCCCCAUUCUCAGGGGACAUGCAUGGGAUCCGAGGGGCAGAUUAUCAGUGUUACCAGCAGGCCCGUGCCAGGGGCCUGACAUCCACGUACAGAGCUUUCCUCUCCUCUCACCUACAAGACCUUUCCAGCAUCGUCAAGAAAGGGGACCACUUCAGCUUACCAGUGGUGAACCUCAAAGGAGAUGUGCUUUUCAGAAGCUGGAUGUCUAUGUUCUCUGGAAAUGGGGCUGUUUUUGAUCCACUUACUCCGAUUUAUUCUUUUGACGAACGAAACAUCAUGACAGAUCAGGCUUGGCCUCAGAAACUGGUGUGGCACGGCUCGAGUACCGCAGGCAUCCGAAUGACAAGUAACUACUGUGAAGCCUGGAGAACGGAUGACAUGGCAGUGACUGGACAGGCGUCUCUUCUGCAGACUGGCAGACUGCUCGGGCAGCACACGCGUAGCUGCUCAAACCACUUCAUUGUGCUCUGCAUUGAGAACAGCUACAUUCAGAGCCCUGAGAGAAACUAGAAAGCUGACAAUUAUAAAGUCAAGCAAUGCGGAUGUAGGGAGCAGCAGUAGCUGGCCUGCUGGGGAAAAUAUCCAAUCUACUCUUUUAUUAGGAAGAGGGCUCCUGUUAGAAGAAGCUACAAGCCAGGGAAAAUGGCACUGCAAUCAUGUUUCACUUCUUCUCAGAGCAUGAUGUAAAUAUGUGUAAAUCACCCACUGAUACUGUUCAAUCUACGACCCACUGACUUCUUUUCAGCAAUUAGAAUACCAAAGAAUACCUCAGCCUGAUAUCAAGCAAGUGUAGAUCCAUUUUAUGAAUUCACCACAUUACACUGUGCCAUCUCGGAUGAUAUUAACCCCUCCUCAAGACUAACAUAGAGUUUCUUGUGUGUGUGUGUAAUACAAAUGUUGAGAGCUAAAGGAUAGCUUCUUUUUAAUCAGAUUAAAUUCCAAUAAUUAGACAUCAGUAUUUGGAUAUACCCUGUUCAAAUGAGGCUGCUCUGGAAGUUUUUUUAAAUGCACUGUAUUAAUAAUUUCUUGGGUGUUUUUUCAAUAGGCCUAGUUUGUUUGUUUGUUUGUUUUUUUCACACCCAUGAAGCUCCAUUCUGUGAACUUGCAUUUAAACUAGUAUUAAAAAGAGGUUAUAUGUAAUUGUAAUGUAAAAGCACAUAAAACUAAAACAAGUAUAUACUUUAAAUGGCAUUAAUUUCAAAAAUUGACAGUUGCCCCAAAAACAUUAUACUGUUACUCUUUACUGUGUUUAAUCUUUCUAUGACAUAUUACGAAAAACAUACUAGUAGAAAGUAAUUAACGGUGUUGGUUAUCUUCUACAAGUCAAAUAUAAGUAUGAAACAAUAAGAGAGAAUUCCCCUGUUCUUUUUUCAUAUUUGAAUUGUGCUGAGUUAAUAAAUGUUUUGUUUUAUAA